UUUUCCAUUGCUAGUGACGUGCUUUAUUCGGGAUGGGGUUGGCCAUUCAAGAUCGAGGGAAAACUUUGGACGCACGUCUUGAAUCUUGGUUUCCUCUUCGGUGAUCACGCAAUAUAGUCACAAUCCACCACUCACAACCGGUCAACUUCCCAGUCCCAAAUUCCACAGAUACUAUCUGCUUUCAUAAAUGCACUUAAAUACAACACUUCAUCAUGAAUACCAUGGCUGUAACUCUACUACCACGAAGUAAUCUUCCUGUAUUGGAGGCCGGGAGACAUCCUAAAUCCGAUCGCUGUUCUUGCGAUAUAUCCCACCCGAAGGACGACUAAGCCAUCAAAAUGGCUACUGAUAUAGAGUCAGCGGCCGCCACAGCCCCAGAAAUCCCCUCGGGCAACAAGGAUGCAUCAUCCUCAUCCUCUCAUGGUGGUCCUAUCGAUACCGAGAAGCUUGGAAGGAGUAGACCUUCAAUCUUUGCUAAUGGCUGGGUUGAAGCAGGAUUCUGUAUAUCCGUUCUCGGUUCGGUGAUGAUGGGGGAGUUCCUCAUCAGUGGAUUUAGCGUGUUGCUUCCCGUACUCAUCGAAGACACAGGUAUCGACCCUAGCCAGAGGACCUGGCCCAUCACCGUCUUCUCCCUCGUCACCGGCUCAUUGUUACUACCCUUUGGCCGGCUUGUCGAUAUGUUCGGCGGCUACCCUAUCUACCUCGGGGGGCUAUCAUGGCUAACCCUGUGGGCGAUGGUUGGAGGAUUUAGUCGUACCUUGCCGAUGGUUUUAGCGAGUCGGGCUCUCCAAGGAGUGGGAGCAGCUGCCUUCCUACCUGCUGGUACGACGUUGUUAGGAACCACUUACCGUCCCGGUCCACGAAAGAACACUAUAUUCAGCUUAUAUGGGGGUUGCGCGCCUUUGGGUUUCUUCUCUGGUAUCAUUGUUGCAGGUCUCACCGGCGAGUUCCUUUACUGGGGUUGGUUUUUUUGGAUUGCAUCUAUGCUACUGGCUUUCUUAUGCUUGAUGACCUUUUUCUGCGUUCCUCCCGAGUGGAAGCGUGGCGACUGGUCCUUGAUGGAUUGGUGGGGUUGUCUUACUAGUAUUUGCAGCUUGAGUCUACUUACAUACGCUAUCACCGAUGCUUCCCACGUUGAAGGCCGCUGGGCUUCCCCUCAGAUCAUUGUUACAUUUAUACUUGGGCUUAUAGCCCUUGCGGCUUUUAUCUAUGUGGAAGGAUGGGUUUCCGAUUAUCCUCUACUGCCUUUGGACCUAUUCUCUAUCAAGCACAUCGGACCAAUCUUCCUCGUCCUCUUCAUGGCGUGUGGCUGCUUUGGCAUAUACCUCUUCUACGCAAGUUUUUAUAUACAGACUGUCCUCGGAGUCCCACCGUUACUCGCCGCACUUUGGUUCUCUCCUAUGGCUGCCGGUGGAAUCAUCAUCGCUCUCAUAGGUGGGUUAACACUCCAUCGCUUCCCUGGAACUAUACUCCUCCUACUGGCCGGGACAGGUUUCGUAAUAUGUUCUCUCCUGUUCGCCCUUAUUCCCGAAAAUCCCAAUUAUUGGCGAUGGGUCUUCCCGGCAAUGGUGUGUACGACAAUAGGUAUUGAUAUUAGCUUCAACGUGAGCAGUAUCUUCAUUACUACCAAUGUCCCCAAACAUCAGCAAGGCUUAGCAGGAGCAUGCAUCAAUGGUUUGGUAUACCUAGGCAUUAGUUUCUUUCUCGGCUGGGCGGACUUUGCUGUCAUUAGUAGAUCGAGCGGCGGGCUUGGAGAGAGUUAUAAGGUGGCUUUCUGGUUCGCUGUCGGAUGUGGAGCUGGAGUCAUCUUGCUAGUCUUGGGCUUCAUCAGGAUUGGUAAAGCCAAAAGUGACUUUACAGUAGAUGAGAAAGCACAGCAAAGAGAAACAGGCCGCGAAAGUGAGCAGGCUAGGCAAGAGACGGGCAUUAUGACUUGAGAAGUUGAAGUCUACCUGGAUAUCUUGGAAUCACGACCGUGGGACAAUUAGAAACAAUGUAUAAUCUUGAAGUAUGUAAAAUAUUAAUCGCCUACGUUCGCAAUUUCGAGGGAGACACAGGUUCACAAGUGAGGGCCGAAGCGGCCCUCCAGACUUGGUUCGAAGAGACAUUUGCGAUGCGAGUCACCUCCAUUUUCAAGACCAGGUGUAGAAUUAACAGGUAGUUACCUAUUACUAGAUUUUACUAACUAAAUACUAUUGAAUCCUUAAACUAACAUAUAUCUAAAAC